AGACUGCUGGAGAGCUCCAGGAGGCGGGGCAGGUCACUCGGCUCCUGCAGGAUGAAGGCUGUGGUGCUGACCUUGGCUGUGCUCUUCCUGACAGGGAGCCAGGCUCGGCAUUUCUGGCAGCGAGAUGAACCCCGGUCCUCGUGGGAUAAAAUAAAGGAUUUCGCCACCGUGUAUGUGGACACAAUCAAGGACAGUGGCAGAGAAUAUGUGGCCCAGUUUGAAGCCUCCGCCUUUGGAAAGCAACUCAACCUGAAGCUCCUGGACAACUGGGACAGCCUGAGCAGCACCGUCAGCAAGCUGCAGGAACAGCUCGGCCCCGUGACCCAGGAGUUCUGGGAUAACCUGGAAAAGGAGACAGAGGGGCUGAGGGAGGAGAUGAACAAGGAUCUGCAGGAGGUGAGGCAGAAAGUGCAGCCCUACCUGGACGAAUUCCAGAAGAAGUGGCAGGAGGAGGUGGAGCGCUACCGCCAGAAAGUGGAGCCCCUGGGCGUGGAGCUGCGCGAGAGCGCGCGCCAGAAGCUGACCGAGCUGCAGGAGAAGCUGAGCCCGCUGGCCGAGGAGCUGCGCGACAGCGCGCGCACCCACGUGGAUACACUGCGCACGAAGCUGGCGCCCUACAGCAACGAGCUGCAGCAGCGCCUGGCCGCGCGCCUCGAGUCCAUCAAGGAGGGCGGCGGCGCCAGCCUGGCCGAGUACCAGGCCAAGGCCAGGGAGCACCUGAGCGUGCUCAGUGAGAAGGCCAGGCCUGCGCUGGAGGACCUCCGCCAGGGCCUGCUGCCCGUGCUGGAGAGCUUCAAGGCCAGCGUGCAGAACGUCCUGGACGAGGCCACCAAGAAGCUGAACACCCAGUGAGGUGCCUACCGCCGCCCCCGCUCCCCCUUCCAGCAUGCGGCGUCUUAGAAUAAAGUAUUUUACAACUUGGG